CAUUUGAUCAAUCCCUUUUGUUUUCUCCUGCUUCUCCCCAGAGCAACCCGGCUUGGCCUGUCCCCUUUCACCUAUUGCCUUGGUUACAGAACCCUGAUCCCACCCAGGCUCUUUUCUGGACGGACCUGUGGAAGCUCACCCUCUGUCCCAGCUUUCCUGAGGAUGCCGCUGCUGAGCCUGUCCUGGCUGGGACUCGGGCCCGUGGCCCCCUCCCUGUGGCUGCUCCUGCUGCUGGUUGGGGUCUCCUGGCUCCUGGCCCGCACCCUGGCCUGGGCCUACACCUUCUAUGACACAUGCUGCCGCCUCCGUUGCUUCCCACAGCCCCCAAAACGGAACUGGUUCUUUGGUCACGUGGGCCUGGCCAAGCCCGGUGAAGAGAGCUUGCGGCUUUUGGAGGACCUGGGCCAUUACUUCUGUGACGUCCACCUCUGGUGGAUUGGACCCUUCUUCCCCAUCCUGCGUCUAGUCCACCCUAAAUUCGUUGCCUCCCUGCUCCAGGCCCCAGCCACUGUCGCACCCAAGGAUGUGGUUUUCUAUGGCUUCCUGAAGCCCUGGUUGGGGGAUGGGCUCCUCCUGAGUGCUGGUGACAAGUGGAACCGCCACCGCCGCAUGCUGACACCUGCCUUCCACUUCAACAUCCUGAAGCCCUAUAUGAGGAUUUUCAACGAGAGUGCGAACAUCAUGCACGCCAAGUGGCAGCGCCUGGCCUCAGAGGGCAGUGCCCGCCUGGACAUGUUUGAGCACAUCAGCCUCAUGACCCUGGACAGUCUGCAGAAAUGUGUCUUCAGCUUUGACAGCCACUGCCAGGAGAAGCCCAGCGAGUAUAUUGCAGCCAUCCUGGAGCUCAGUGCCCUCGUGGUGAAACGGCAACAGCAGAUCCUCCUACACACAGACUUCCUGUACCAUCUCACUCCUGAUGGGCGGCGCUUUCGCAGGGCAUGCCGGCUGGUGCAUGACUUCACAGAUGCUGUCAUCCAGGAGAGGCGCCGCACCCUCCCUGAUCAGGGUGCUGAUGACUUUCUCAUGGACAAGGCCAGGACCAAGACUUUGGACUUCAUCGAUGUGCUCCUGCUGGCCAAGGAUGAAGAUGGCAAGCUACUGUCAGAUGAGGACAUCCGAGCGGAGGCUGACACCUUCAUGUUUAGGGGCCAUGACACCACAGCCAGUGGCCUCUCCUGGAUCCUGUAUAACCUUGCAAAGCACCCAGAAUACCAGGAGCGCUGCCGGCAGGAGGUGCUAGAGCUCCUGAGGGACCGCCAGUCAGAGGAGAUUGAAUGGGAUGACCUGGCCCAUUUGCCCUUCCUGACCAUGUGUAUCAAGGAGAGCCUGCGGUUACAUCCACCAGUCACUGGCAUCUCCCGUUGCUGUACCCAGGACGUCAUGCUCCCAGAUGGCCGGGUUAUCCCCAAAGGGAACGUGUGUCUCAUCAGCAUCUUCGGGAUUCAUCAUAACCCGUCAGUCUGGCCCGACCCUGAGGUGUAUGAUCCCUUCCGCUUUGACCCAGAAAAUCCCCAGAACAGGUCACCUCUGGCGUUUAUUCCUUUCUCUGCAGGACCCAGGAACUGCAUCGGGCAGACGUUCGCCAUGACCGAGAUGAAGGUGGUCCUGGCGCUCACGCUGCUGCACUUUCGCGUCCUCCUGGACGAGAUACAGCCUCGGAGGAAGCCGGAGCUGAUCCUGCGCUCAGAGGAGGGACUUUGGCUGAGGGUGGAGCCUCUGAGCGCUGGUCUGCAGGGAUCCACCGCCACACGGCCUUAGAGCCAUCCCUAACCCCACCCAUCUAUCUUGGCAGAUUCCCAGGAUAAAACUUUACUGACACAUCUAUCCGAACCUCAUUGGGAUUCAGCAGGGGGCACUUGGAGACUCUGGGAAUCCAGGGGGGAAUGGUGGCUAUUGGGACGUGGGGCUGCUGUCUCAGAGCCUAAGAUGCUGGCUACUUUGCAGACUGACAGCAGGGAUCCCCACACAGAUGGUGGGUUCUCCUAGAGCCCAAUCAGACAUUAUUCUGUAGGCCAUAGGGAGUCAUGGAAGGUGUUUGAGCAGGAGAGGAACCAGGGUUAAAGACACACUUAAUGAGCAAGCUUGAGGUUCCCAGUCCAGAAAGAGGAGAUCCCAGGGUGGUGGAUCUCUUCCCCUGGGCCUUGGGUGCCCCUAGACAAAGACCCCUGGGAUCCCUGGACAAAGCAGGAGAAGAGCUGGAGCCCACAGCCUGACAGCCUGUCCAGGACAUGUAAUUCCCUCCCUGCUGUUUCCAACAGCUCCACCCAUGUGUCUGCCCCUCCUAGUCGUUCCAUCAGUGAUCCCCUUCCCCUGCCUUCAGGGUGUCUCCUCCCUUUUGUCCUCUGGGCUCCCUGAUGCUGCCCAGAUACCAGCUGAGUCCCCACUCUGUGCUAGGCAUUCUCCAAGAUCACCAGGGGGUCACUUUGUUGGACUCCUGAUAUUCAUAGCCAAACCACUGGAAACAACAAUAAACCCCAAGAGCAUGAGCUGUGGAGUCAGAUUGCUUGGCUCUGCUGUGUGAUCUAGGCAAGUUAAUUCUCCUCUCUGUGCUUCAGUUUCCUUAUUUCUAAAAUGAGACCAGCAACAGCACCUGGGUUGUCCCAAUGACUAAAUGUGAAUAACUUAAAGCUGUUCCUUGUGCCAGCAAAUACUAAAUAAAUGUGACUAUUCUUUUGUCUCUCAGAAA